AUGGUUGCUAUCCCUGCAUAUUUGUUGGCCUCCUCGGCCGUUUCUUCCUUGGGACCCUUGACGCCUCGCAACACAGUCAUCCGUUCACCAGAGCCAGCGCCAUUACCGGAGAAGGCUUCCUCCGAGGGCGUGUCGGCUCCGUCGACAAACCCCUUCGCCUCCGUGAUAGGACCUCUGGUGGAGACAAACUUCCCCGACCCGGCCAUCAUCCACGUGGAUGGCGUUUCAUAUGCUUUUGCGACCAACAACCGAGGAGUUGGCGGCGAGAUGAUUCACAUCCAAGUCGCGACGUCGUCGGACAAUCAGACAUGGACGUUAUCGGACCACCAUGACGCGCUACCGCAGGUCGCCGCCUGGGAAACUGGCACUCGAGUUUGGGCGCCAGAUGUCAUCCAGCUUGAUGACGGUUCAUUCGUGCUCUACUAUACCGACGCGCUAGCAUCGACUCCGAGAUUCCACUGCGUGGGCGCCGCGACGUCCCGGAAUGUCAUGGGACCUUAUGCCCCUCUGGACCACCCUAUUGCAUGUCCAGAUAUUCUCACCAAGGGCGGUGCCAUCGAUCCCGACGGAUUCCAGGACCCAGCUACAGGCAAACGCUACGUCGUCUAUAAGACGGACGGCAACUCAAUCGGCCAUGGCGGCAGUUGCAACAAUGGUAUCGCCCCGAUCGUCCCUACUCCCAUCAUGCUUCAAGAAGUAGGCUCCGAUGGCAUCUCUCUGGUCGGCGAUGCGAUCCAAAUCCUCGACAGAGACGACUUUGACGGACCCCUGAUCGAGGCCCCUUCACUCCAUCGUUCCGAGGAAGGUAUAUACUUCCUCUUCUUCAGUAGUAACUGCUACACGACGCCCAAGUACGACGUGUCCUAUGCUACUGCCACCAGUAUCUAUGGACCUUACACCAAGUCUGGCCGACCUCUGCUGGUCACGAGUGAUGCCGAUCUGGUGGGGCCUGGUGGCCUCGAUAUCAUCAAGGAUGGUGAUCUGGUUGUUUUCCACGGACACAUGACGUUCAGCAAUGACCCUACACUCAAGAAGGAAGCUGAAGAGAUCGCCAAAUCCACUGGAAAGCCGAUCAAGGACGUCAACCUCCCCUUGGUCAGGGGCAUGUGGUCUGCGACCACGACCUUCAGGGGCACGGACAUUUCACUCUCCUCCUGA